AUGGAUGCAAGGCCAUCCCGUCCGGACCGGCCGUAUCAGCGGACAUACAAAGCAUGUAUACCUUGCCGACAACGCAAGGCUAAGUGCGACUUGGGUGCGGGCCCAGAUGGCUUACCGAUCGGCCCACCCUGCGCACGUUGUCGCCGAGAGAUGAGAGAGUGUGUGUUCCCCGAGAAACGGGCCUGGGAAAGGUCCCGCAAACGUGCUCGAUCCAUCGAAACUGACGGCCAGGUUUCCCCACGCGCAGAGCAAUAUCUUUCCGAUGUGACACCAGAGGCAACCAACGGAAGGUAUUCUCUACCCCAUCAAUCGCCGACUCAGUAUCCCGGCUCCAGUCCGUUUCAAUCUGGCUGGGCACUUGACGGACACUCAGCAUCUUUGCAGCAUGAUCUGAGUCCGAACAUUAGCCCAAGACCGGACCCGGCUGCAACAAUAAACCAUUCAAAUCAUACUUCACCUCAUCUUAAUCAUGAUCGUCGGCACCGGUCUAAUCCCAAUUUAGCGAGUUCCAUGAUGCGGACGGUAGUGGCCAGUGGAAAUGAUGCCCUCAACAUCCUAUUCGAGGCAGCCACCCAACAAAGCCAAGAGGACAAUGCUCUCCGUGAGCCCAGUCCGCCUGUGGGGGUCAGUUCAAAAAAUGGCAUUAAUGCCAAGGAACGAAGUACUCCCCGGAAUUUUGAAAGUCCCAUACCAUUCGAGCCUGUUCCCCGAACGCGCCCCGUACAUCUGGCAGAAGUAUCGCAAGAUGCCCUUCACAUUUGGGAAGCAUGUCGUUUUGUCAGAAUGGGUUGGUUUACUGCUCGAGAGGCAGUCACGUUCAUGGAUUUAUUCUUCAAAAACAUGUCUUGUUUAUCCCCCAUCCUAACCGACUUCUAUUCCAACCACAAAAAUCAUUACCUCCUCAUUACGCGCGAACCGGUCCUUUGCUGCACCAUUCUCAUGGUCUCUUCACGCUACCAUAUACUCCCUGGCGCCGGAGGCGAAUCCAGGAACUUUUUCAUUCACCACCGGCUUUGGCAGCAUUGUCAGCAGCUUACAAUGCGACUGAUUUUUGGUCAAGAAAAAUCAACCAAGUCCAAAAUCCGGAGUCUUGGCACUGUGGAGGCCCUGAUGUUAAUGGCGGAGUGGCACCCUCGCUCACUGCACUUCCCGCCAGAAACCGACGGAUGGGACGAUGACUUGAUCUCCAUGGGUCCAAAGCCUUCAGAAUCUGCCGAUCCGAACAGUGGAUCUGCAAGUAGAUGGCUGGAAGACAUGAUUGAACCGUCGAGAAGGUCCGACCAGAUGUCGUGGAUGCUACUCGGAUGCGCGCUCUCUCUUGCACAUGAGCUGGGUAUCUUUGAGACCGAGGAUGACGAUUCUGUUGAAGAUGAUCCGGAAUGGAAAGCGCAAAUAGCUCUCCGGCGGCAGAGAGUGCAGCGCUUGCUUUAUGUAUACAUAAAUCAGCUCGCAUGGCGCAUAGGAUGCAUGUCGCCAAUCCCGCAGUCCCUCAACCAUGCAGUUCUGGGCGGCCGAAAGCCUCGAGGGCUAAGCCAGCCUGGUAGCACAUGGCUUGUCUUCAUGGACUCGUGGAUUGAGCUUACCAAGUUAGCGCAAUCUGUCACUGACAUGUUCUUCCCCUCUGCCAAAUUUGCUCGCCAGCAGCUGCACAGUGGCCGAUAUAUUGGACUUCUUGACCAUUUUCGGCCUCUUCUCAACCAGUGGAAGGAGAAUUAUCUACAACCGGACGUUCUUGACAAGUCCUUCUACAACGAUCUUUUCAUUGAGUAUCACUUUGUCCGUGUUUACACUCAUUCAGUUGGUAUGCAAGCCGUGGUAGAGCGUGCUCUGGCAGAUGCCGACUCUAACUUCGAUGACGCCCGCCCCAUGACCAUUGAACAAACCGACUACGAGUAUAUUCAAGAGGUUAUUGAUGGUUGCUGCCAGAUCUUACGAAAAGUCGCACAACUUGCAGAAACUGGCGCAUUGCGAUUUUCACCUGUGCGCAUCGUACUGCGUAUCACCAGCGCCUCGAUCUUCUUAAUGAAAGCCCUCAGUCUAGGUACUCGUGAAGCAGUGCUACGAGAGUCACUGGAGGUGUUGGAGAAGAGCAUCAGUGCGCUCAAGUCCAACGCGUUAGAUGACGUUCAUCUCAGUACUCGCUACGCCACACUCCUGGAAAUGCACGUCUCUCGACUCCGUCGUAACCUUCUCGCAUCCUCCAAGGCUGUUAAGAACAGUCGAGGAGUAACCCGUCGAUCUUCAAUGGGCCCUCCUCCUUGGACUGAUGCCAGUGAUCGUCCCAACCAAGCUAAUCCAACUAUACCCCAGGACUUGUCCUCUGAUCUGGGAUUCAUUCCCUCUCUGAAUGACAUGACGGAUGACUGGCUGUCCCUACCGUUUGAUCCAUCCAUGGCGCCCUUCGGAAUGACCAAUGGUAGUCAAUUUCCCAUGUGCGAGGGCGGUGCCUUGGAUUUCAUUUGGAAUCUACCGUCUUGA